UCGAGUCGCGCGGUUGGGCCGCGCAGUAAAAAAUCGCAAAAUCUGAAAAAUCCACAACAGAAUCCACGACACAAAGGCACCAGCAGAAUAAAGGACGAGUCGCAUUUGAUUCAAUUAACCACCGCGGCAGUAAAUUCGAGCAACUAGCUGUGAACCGAAAGCCGAGAACCGUGAACCGUGAACCGGUUUGGAAGUAAGCUCGGCCUUUUCCCACUGCACUGCUCCCCCGUCCGAUGGAAGCUGGCCAAAAAAAUAAAAGCGAAUGCUAUCUAGCUAAAAUCUCGGAAGGCAAACCCCGGAUCGUACGACAUUUUUUUUGAUGUGUCCGUCGUCUGGUUAUAUUGAGUAGAACGCAAUACUAUACCUACAUACAUAGACCCACCACCGCCGCCGAUCGGAGCAGAGAGCGUGCCGGAGGAGGAAGAGGCGCACAUAUCAGCAUCUGCCGCUGGAGAGAGCUGCGAGCAAGAAGAGAGAAAGGCGGGCGGCAUCGUCGUUUUUUGUUGUUGCGGCAUCGUCGUCUCCAUUUUAUUUUGCACUAGACGCAGCCACUAAAGGGUCGCGCCGGUCACUCGCAUAAUCGCCCAGGGUCAAGGCACAUCUUGGGACUACCACGCACUUCCGAUCAUCCGGUCGGGGCCUGAUUGGGACCCUAUCAUCUAGCCGACCUAGAAGACCCAGCAUAAUAUAUGUAACAAUGUUGACGACCGUCCUGAACUUUGCCCAGCGAGUGGCGGAGAUUUCUUUGCUCGGCGGCAUCGAGAUUGCAUCAGUUGCCCUCAUCGUCUACUACAUUUUCGCCAAGACGAGAGCACCCAUUAUCAUCGCUGGCCUGUUCCCCAACCUGAAUCUGAGCUACCGUUCGUCCCUUGGCAAGAUCAACACCAUACGCAGCGAUCUCCUGGUCACGCUCCGUUCAUCCAAUGAGCCGAAGGUGCAGAAUUCAGUUGCUCAUGGCAUCGGCACGCAAAACAUGUUGGAGCUAACCCCGCAGUCCGGCCAGAAACCCUUUAAGAAGCUUUUUGACUGGGGAGUGGUCUUCCCGUAUGUGGCCCAGGUGGUGCGCAGCGAAAAGUUCGAGUACCGACAGGUCACCGAGAUUGUGCACAAUGACGCCGUACUGAAACACGCCAUUAAGCAGGCGGCGGAGCAAAGUUUAAGGGAGCAGCGCUACGCGAAAAAUGGUCAUCGUCUGCUCACGCGCAGUGCUAGCGGAGAUCAGUCAGCUUCGGCGGUGGAGGAGGAGGACGAGAAGCAGGGAAUCUCUUACCAAGCCAUUCUGAGGAAGCAGGAGCGGCGUGCCAUUAGCAUCCUGAAGGACAUGGGCUCCACGCUGAACAACGGGCUUCUAGCAUUUACUUCUUGGAUCCUGUACAAGCUACUACCUUGCUUCCUAUCCGGGGUUGUCACCAAUACCAAGCAGAUUGAGAUGCUGAAGACUGCCACCGAACGAUCCCCCGAAACUCCAUUGAUCUUCGUGCCUUUGCAUCGCAGCCAUUUGGAUUACAUCAUGGUCACUUGGAUCCUAACCAACAACGACAUUCGCAGUCCUUUGGUUGCCGCCGGAAAUAACUUGCAAAUACCCGUUUUCGGUGGGCUGCUCCGUGGUCUUGGAGCGUUUUUCAUCAAGCGCAAGAUCGACCCAGUAGAGGGAAAGAAGGAUGUGCUUUAUCGUGCUGCCCUUCACCUCUAUCUUACCCACGCCCUGAAGCAGGGCCACAAUGUAGAAUUCUUUAUUGAAGGCGGCCGCACCCGUACCGGAAAGCCUUGCAUGCCCAAGGGCGGUAUCCUUUCAGUGAUUGUGAAUGCUUUCAUGGAUGGCAGCAUUCCGGACGCCCUACUAGUACCCGUGUCUGUGAACUAUGAGCGCCUCGUCGACGGAAACUUUGUGCGCGAGCAGAAGGGAGAGAAGAAAAUACCCGAAUCGUUCACCAAGGCCAUAUCAGGUAUCUGGAAGGCCCUGAGAUCGAACUAUGGGCUGAUGCGUAUCGAUUUCAAUGAGCCCUACUCGAUUCGGGAGCUGGUCAAUUCGUACAACAAGAUUGCUCGAGAGGAUGGAAACAAUGCCAAGGUGUACAAGCCGGCGGCAAGGACUUUGCAGCACAAUCAGUCUACGUCGUCGUUGUACGGCACCGAUGUCGUGUGCGAAGAGCACCGCAAUCUCAUCGAAAGCAUCUCGCGCCAGGUGGUCUUCGAUUGCGCCGCCGCAACCUCUGUGAUGUCUACCAACGCCCUGGCCUUCCUGCUGCUCACCCGCUUCAGGAAGGGCGGCGAGGAGCAGAUUUUAGCCGAGGCUCUGGAUGACUUGCGAAAUUCGCUAUCCGGCGCUAAGGACAUGGGUUUUUCCGGGGAAUCCUCACAAAUACUGGCAUAUGCCUGCGACCUGCUUGGCUCAGGUCUUGUAACACGCACAAGGGAUGAAAACGGACGUUUGGUCAUUAGGGCCGUGAAUUCCGUGGAAAGCUUUAUUGAACUGGCCUACUACUCCAACAUGCUCACGCCGCACUUUGCCCUCAGUUCGAUACUUAUGACUACUUUCCACGCACUGCUGCCGGAGACGGAAGACAAGAAGGCGGCUGGAGUUCGGCGCAAAACCCUGAUAGACGCCGCCCUGGAAAACUGCCAGAUCUAUCGCUACGAAUUCAUACUAAACAAGCCCACCCAAGUGUUGGAGAACCUGCUAUACAAGCAAUUGGAUGACCUGUUGAUCAGCGGUUGCCUUGUAGCCGAACAGGUGGACGUUGAUGAGGAUGCCAAUCGGGCUAGGCGCAUGGCUCGCAACUUGGCGGAUUGCAUCGACGUGGACGACGACUUCCUCGAUGUGUCCAACGACGGCGGAGACGACGAAAAGGUGCUCUUCGCCCGCGAUACCCUGCAGCAGCAGCGAAACAUCUGCGAGGUGCUGGCACCUUUCGCCUGGACGUACGUGACUGUGGCCCAAUCCCUGCAGAUACUCCACCGCAACUCCAUGCUGGAGUCGGAAUUCAUCAGUUUUGUGAUCAACGACUUGAGCGGCAAGGUCAAGCGCGGAAGCUGUGCCUAUGCUGAGAGCAUAUCGACGGACUCGGUCCGAAAUUGCCUGAAACUGUUGGAGAAGUGGUCUGUGAUCGAGGUGUGCAACCAGCAGGGCAUGCGGCUGAUCUCACUCAAUACGCUGUACGAGAUGUCCCGGGAGUCGCUCAACACGAUCGUCAAGAAGAUCGACGCCAUUGUGCCAAAGUACAACUCGGAUUAUUUCAACGCCGCUCCCUAACCGAUUGGAUUGGUUUAUUCUUGGCACUCAACGCUUUAUUCUUAUACCUUUAAUAACGUGCAUAUCCGCUUAAGAUUAAAGUGCGUACUCCUAGAUCUUAGACUUAGCUAUGUCUAGUUUUAUAGUCAUACGAGUUUUAUAUGCCAAAGUGCUAGCUUUACUGUAGCUGAGAGACAAACAUUGAAAUGUGAACAAAAUUUUAAGUAUAGCUUCCUAAAAUUGUCUUAAAGUGCGUUCUUAGAGCAGAACAGACAGACCAAACGAAACAGGAUACAAUAUAUCAUUUAUACUGAACUGAUAAA